CCCCUAGAGUGGACUAUAAGAGUUGCUGACUUCUAAGUUUAACUCUCAGAAACCAUCAAAGACGAUAUGUCAUCUGGCUUGGAAGAUUGGGUGAAGCCCCUUUAUGUUAUUUUAGCCUUCUGCGCUGCCCUCUCUUUGGGCGCACUCAAAAGUUUGUUGGUCGGUCCAAUUGCUGGCCUCAUUUUGAUCAUAGGAAACCUUGGGGUUAUUCUACUCCUCUUCCCUGCACACGCCUUCUGGACCGUUCACGCCAUUAUCAAGACAAAGAGGUUUGACGCGCCACUUAAGGUUGCUUUCCUGGUUGGUCUGCCGGUUUUGCUGACCAUAUGGGUGGGUUUGAGCAUAGCUGGAAGUGUUCUUGUGGGGGUUGGAUAUGGCUUCUUCACCCCUUGGGUCUCUGCUUUUGAGGCCUUCAGACACGACGACGUGUCCAAGAGGUUCCUCCAUUGCAUUGUGGAUGGUACGUGGGGGACAAUCAAAGGGAGCUGUACUGUGGUACGAGAUUUCGGUGAUUUUUGCUACCAUUCAUAUCCACUCUACAUGAAAGAGCUGCGUGAAUCGCCAGCCUCUCUUGACCUUCAACCUUUCAGAUUUAUACACGUGCCGGGAUGUAUAAUGGUCGGGCUGAUGGGCCUAGUUGUGGAAAUUCCUCUAUACACGGCAAUAGCGGUGGUGAAGAGCCCAUACAUGCUGGUAAAGGGAUGGUACAGAUUGAUCCAUGAUCUGAUAAGCCGGGAAGGCCCAUUCUUGGAAACAGCCUGCAUACCCAUUGCUGGGCUGACAAUACUAAUGUGGCCACUUGUUGUUCUUGGGAGCAUCAUCCUCUCUGUUUUUUCAAGUUUCUUCAUCGGCCUACACGGAGCCGUUGUUGUUUAUCAGGAAAGGUCUGUCCGGAGAGGUGUUGCAUAUGUCAUUGCAAUGGUGGCAGAAUUCGACGAGUACACAAAUGAUUGGCUUUAUCUUCGCGAGGGGUCUUUCCUCCCAAAGCCACGGUAUAGGAAAAAGAAGGGUUCUGACACAACAGAGUUGUCUGUUAGAAGAAACCGUUUCAGUCAAGGAAAACUAAAUGCAGUAUUCGGCGAAGCACCUGCAAUGCUAGUGCCCAGCUUGACAUCAUCAAGAUCUGUCAAGGAGGUUAUACAAGAAGUGAAGAUGGUUCAGGUAUGGCAAAACCUGAUAAAGACUUGCGAGAUAAGAGGGAAGGAAUUACUUGAUUCAAACGUGAUCACGCCAGCUGAUCUUGAAGACUGGGUGAAGAGGGUCAAGAAACACGAAAACAGUAAUGCUUGUGACAUCAUAAACAUUGGGUUGCCAUGUUACACAUUCUUGCAGAUCAUAUUGUCCUCCAUCAAGGCUGGAUCAGAAGGGCUGCUGCUUCUUGACAAUCUUGAGAUCACCUAUCUCAACAGACCCCAAGACCGGUUGCUAGAGUGGUUCUUCCAACCAGUCAUGGACCUCAAAGAGCAGAUCAAAGUCUUGUCUUUGUCCGAAGGGGAGAUGCGGUUCCUUGAGAAAGUUGUGCUCUUGGGAGGCAAUGCUGACCGAUUUCGCGCUUGGGAGAAUGGUGGGUCCACUCCUCAAGACUUGCUUCGCGCUGCUCAAAUCGAAGGCAUCAGUCGAAGAAUGGUGGGAAUGGUAAGAAGUGUAUCCAAGUUCCCGACGUAUAAACGAAAGUUCAAACAGAUUGUGAAAGCGCUGUUUUUGCAUACUAUGAAAGGGGAGAGUUCAUCAAGAUCCAUUACUCCAUAUUCAUUUCAUAAGGCAGCUGGAGCCUCCAACAGGGGAUCAGUGUCCACUAGAUCAGCUCCAUCUCUUGAGAUUGUAUAAAUACAUGCUCUAUAAUGUAUAUAGUUUUUCUUUCACUUUGAUCGUUGAUCGUAUUUGGCGAUUAAUUUUGUGUAUAGAUACAUAAAAAAAACAUAGUUUCCAGG